AUGGAAAGAACAACAUCUUCACCGCCCACCGGCGGCGGAAUCCCCGGCCUGUUCCUCCUCAGUGGCCCCACCAGCAGCUCGACAGAAGAGACAAUGAUGGAUGCUGCCCCCGCCACUAUCACCACCACAGACACAGACACAAUUGCCAUCAAGAAGGAAAAUGAGGAUACAAACACCGUCCCAAUUGCCCCCACAAAUCCCACUACAACUGUGACAAACACUACAAAUGACACUUCCCUCUCAAAAGAGGACUUCCAGUUCGCGCUCGACACCACCGCGGGCGACAAGGCCGUCAAGACCGAGGAGCCCGCGGAGCAGCAACAGCAACAGCCACAAGUACAGAAGCAGGACAGCCACAUGCAUGACGACAGCAAGCCCAUUAAGAUUAAGAAUGAAGAAGAAGAAGAAGAAGAAGAAGAAGAAGAAGAAGAAGAUACCGGGCCCACAGAAGCCGAGUCCGCCCUUCACUCCGCCGUCGUCAAGCCCGAGCCCGCCUCAACAGACGACGUCCCCAUGGGCGACACCGAAGCCGACCCCGAAGCCGCCUUCCAAGCCGCCGCGCUCGCCAACAAAUCCGAGCCCACCGCCGAAUGGGAGCUCGACUCCGACGCCUCCUCUUCCGACUCCUCCGACAGCGCCUCCGACGCCGGCUCCUCGGACUACGACCUCCUCGACCCCUCCUCCCUCGCCGCCCUCCUCAUGGACGAAGCCUCCGACCACUCCGACACCGACGGCCACCCCUCCCGCAGCGCGCUCAAGACCAAGAACGAGAUUCCCGAGGCCCUACUCCCCAUCGAGCGGCCAUCCAUCACCCUCACCCCAACCCACCCCAUCACACACCUCGGCACCGCCACCACCCUCCUGGGCACAACCCUCCUCAUCACCGCCGCCACCCCCGGCGACCACCGCGUCCUCAACGAGUCCUCCCUCCUCUGCACCGCCGACCGCCGCAUCCUCGGCACCGUCGCCGACAUCUUCGGCCGCGUCGAGCAGCCCCUCUACACCGUGCGCUUCAACACGCCCGGCGAGCUCUCCGACACGGGCGUCGCCGUCGGCGACGACGUGUACUACGUCCCCGACCACAGCGAGUACGUCUUCACUGCGCCGCUGCGCGCCGUGAAGGGGAGUGAUGCGAGUAAUCUGUAUGAUGAGGAGGUGCCGGAGGGGGAGAGGGAGUUUAGUGAUGAUGAGGCGGAGGCGGAGGCGAAGCGCGGGAAGAGGAAGGCUAGGACGGGAGAUAAGAGGCGCGCGGAUGGAGGGAGGGUGGUGAAGGAGAUGGAUGAGCCGUAUGUGCCGUUGGCGAGGCCGGCAAAUUUGCAUGAGAUGUUGGCGGGGCCGCCGCCGCCGCCGCCGUCGCGAGGGAGGGGGGGGGAGGGGGUGGUGGUGGGAGGGGGAAUAGGGAUGGGCGUGGUGGUGGUGGGCGUGGAGGACAGAGGGGUCGUGAUGGGCGUGGCCGUGGUGGUGGUGGAGGCAGCGGUAGUAGUGGUGGAGGCCGCCGCGAGGACCAACACCACCCCCAACAGCAGCAACACCCCCAGUACCCCCAGCACCCCCAGCAACAAUCCCAUCCCCAAUUCCCCCCGCAACAACAAUACCCACCCCCCAACCCCAACCCCAAAGCCAAUACACCCACCAACAACACCACUUCCCCCAGCAGCAACAGCAACAAUGGACACCACCACCCUUCCCACAAUUCCCCCAGUUCCCGCAAUUCCCCCAGUUCCCGCAGCAGCAGCAGCAGCAGCAGGGUUUCUAUCCACAGACACUCCCGCAGGGCGCGCACGUCAAUCCCGCGUUCUUCCAGGGGGGGCACAGCUGGCCGCCCCCGCCGCCGCCGCCGCCACAGCAGGCACCACAGCAGCAGCAAAGGGUGGAUCCAGAGGCGUUUAG